CCCAAACCACCAAAUAUCUUCGCGUCGACCUCUUUUUUUUUUUUCUUUAUCCAAAACAAUGGCAUCGUCACGCAAGCGCAAAGGCUCUGAUGCUGGGGAUGAGGAGGUUUCGGCCAAGAAAUCAAAAGGCUCUGUUGGCCCCGAAAAGCAGACCGACGACGACGGCAAUGUCUUCUGGGAGUUAUCUGCAAAGCGACGCCUCCAGAUCUCAGAGUAUAAGGGCGUGACCAUGGUCAACAUUCGCGAAUAUUACCAGAAGGAUGGCAAGACGCUUCCAGGCAAGGCAGGCAUCAAUUUGCCCAUCGAUCAGUUCAAGACCUUCCUCUCCGUUCUGCCACAAGUUUUCAGAGAGCUUAAGGACAAGGGCGUUGAGAUUGAGCUUCCGGAUUUUGCGGCUGCCAGGAGUGAGGUCAAGAAGCCGAAGAGAUCGAAUAUAGAGGAGACAAGUGAAGAGGACGAGGGGGAGGACUGAUGGGGGACGAUUCUAACAUCAAAGAUACCCAUAUGUGUACAAGAAACGGAGUUCGGGCGUUCUGCGUGAUCGCGCCGCGUACUUGUUGGCUGUUUACAUGGCUACAAGUGGGGAGAUGGACACAAUGCGGCAAUUCUGAACACUAUAUGAGCUUGCUUGCGCGUUGUUUGCGCUACCAGCAUGCAAAUUUCGGAUUAUUCCUGCUUCAGACCAUCACAGCUAAUAUCAAGCGCGUGAUUCUCCCAUAUUUCGCGCUGCCUCUUGCAAGCUCUGUGCAUCGCUUUGAGGUGUAGAAUCAAUACCUCCAGCCUGUCGCGCUCAGUCCAGGCCUCCAUUUUCUGAUAUCUCUACACUGUGGAUCUAAGCGUACCAUCGGGAUCACAACGUCGUCUUGACGCUAUUCAGACACGCAGGCAUGACAACUCUAGUGACUUUCACAUAUUAGAACAACAGGCACAGAGCAUCAAACGAACCAUCAACAUAAUAUAACCAGUGCCUUUGAAUUAUAAAGCCUGCUUUUUCACAUGAGGAAAAUAAAUCUCGAUGCUCUGAGACAAGAUGUUUGAAGGCAAUCACCAUCUCUACCCAUGAUGAUCAUCGUUUCUGCCAAACUCACUGGUAUCAAACACACUCACCAGUCACCAAAAUCUCAAGCAAUACUAUAUCCAUAACCUCAGCACAAGAUCUUCAGUCUCGUACAGGGAGCUUCACUGGAAGAUAGAGCAACCGACUUUGCCAACAUAUCCACUCAUCUGCCUGUGUCUAAACGAUAAGGCGCAGUAACCAAAUAAAUUCCUCGAGAAAGGCAUUAGUGCAGCACGAUUCUUGAAACAAAGAAUGUCGACCUGCGCAGCGCAUAUGACGGUCGCAGAGAGUCAAAAUAUGUCCAAGUCGACGAUGUUAAAAAUCUCGUACAAGAAUUACAUGCGCGAUCAGCAUCAGCAAAAGAUUGAAAUCAGAAAACGGUUCAGGAAUACAAAGAUCCCCAAGUGCGAGCACCAGAGGGAAACUUCCGAACCGAAGAGACUGAAGAUCACGUAUAGAAACUGGGAACGGGAUCUCGAAGCGGCCGAGAAGGCUUCGAAGGCAGAGGAAGGAAGGCGCUCCAAUAUCAGAAUCAGGGGAAAUGUUGUGAAAUCAUCGGGUCGAUUCCGUGGCUUACCCACUGCCGAAGCAGAUAAGCCUUUAUGGAUUUGAAUCAGAGAAAAUGGAAUACGAUCAUUUGGUU